GCAGGAAACGAAGAGGAAGCCCAAGUUGCCCUAUAGCGUCCUCAAGGGUUUUCUAUCCGUGGCCUCCCUCCUUCCUUAUUAUAAACCCUAGAUAGACGCCAUACCUCAUUUCCUCCGUAGUUCUGCUCGGAUUGCCGCUGACGUUGUGAAUCAUGGUGAAGCAUAACAAUGUCAUACCCAAUGGGCACUUCAAGAAGCACUGGCAGAACUAUGUGAAGACCUGGUUUAACCAGCCGGCCCGUAAAACCAGAAGAAGACUUGCUAGACAAAAGAAGGCUGUGAAGAUUUUCCCUCGGCCUACAGCUGGACCUCUUCGUCCUAUCGUCCACGGGCAGACUUUGAAGUACAAUAUGAAGCUUAGGGCUGGUAGGGGAUUUUCCCUUGAGGAGCUCCAGGCAGCAGGUAUUCCCAAAAAACUUGCCCCAACCAUUGGCAUAUCCGUUGAUCAUCGCCGCAGAAACCGUUCGCUGGAGGGUCUCCAGACUAAUGUCCAGAGGCUGAAGACGUACAAGGCUAAGUUGGUUGUCUUCCCAAGACGUGCUCGCAAAUUCAAGGCUGGUGAUUCUGCUCCAGAGGAAUUGGCUACAGCCACCCAAGUCCAAGGAGCUUACAUGCCUGUUGUGCGUGAGAAGCCAACCGUGGAGCUUGUUAAGGUCACAAGUGAGAUGAAAUCAUUCAAGGCGUAUGACAAGCUGCGCAUCGAGCGGACCAACAAGCGUCACGUUGGUGCCCGGUUGAAGAAGGCUGCCGAGGCUGAAAAGGAAGAGAAGAAGUAGAGAGUUUUUGCCCAUAUGGUUGUGGGGAUGUUUUUGCUGUUACAAGUCUGGGUCAAACCGCUAUACUGAUUUUGAACCAGACUCUAGUAUUUAUUCUGUUUGGAUUCCUAGAUCACUCACUUGGUUACGACGUUUGUUUGGAUUUUGUUUUCGUCUCUCUGGAUCCGUGUUAGAAUGGAAUAGAUUCUAGGUAUGCUCAAUGCUUAACAGUGAUUUGGCAAUAUGUAUUUGUGGUUCGACUGUUUCCCUGCCGUAAUGGAAUUUAAUGGCUGAAUUGCAUUUCCCGUUCAAUUCAAAA